UACUGCAAAACUCAUAUUCAUACACUCAACUACGUUUAUCUCGUGUCACACACACGCAUUGCAUCGUAGCUCUCCUUUUCUCUAACAUUUUUAUCUCAAGUUAUGGCAGCGGCUGUUGCCACUCCUUUAAAAUUCACCUUUUCCAGUUCCCACGGCUCCACGCGCCACCUUCAAUGGCGGAACAAUCAGCGAAGCAUCAAGAGGCCUUAUCGCGGUGUGAUAACAGCGAAGGUCGAGCAUAAGCCCCCGCCUUACUCACUUGAAGCUCUAGAACCUCAUAUGAGCCGUGAAACAUUUGAAUAUCAUUGGGGGAAGCAUCACAGGGCAUAUGUUGACAACCUUAACAAGCAAAUUGUUGGGACUGAACUAGAUACAUUGCCCUUGGAGGAAAUCAUACUUGCCACUUAUAACAAGGGUGAUCUCCUUCCUCCCUUCAACAAUGCUGCUCAGGUGUGGAAUCAUGAGUUCUUCUGGGAGUCAAUGAAACCCGGUGGUGGAGGUCAGCCAUCUCAACAAGUUUUAGAUUUGAUAAAGAGAGAUUUUGGCUCUUUUGAAGCUUUUGUCACUGAAUUCAAGGCGGCUGCAGCAACGCAGUUCGGUUCUGGUUGGGCUUGGCUCGUGUAUAAAGCAAAUAAACUCGACGUUGGAAAUGCAGUGAAUCCUGUUCCAUCGGAGGAAGACAAGAAGCUAGUGGUGGUGAAGAGUCCAAAUGCUAUCAAUCCUCUUGUCUAUGAUUACUCUCCGCUGCUGACGAUUGAUGUUUGGGAGCAUGCCUACUACCUUGAUUUCCAGAACCGGCGGCCUGAUUAUAUAUCGACCUUCAUGGAGAAACUGGUUUCUUGGGAUGCCGUGAGUUUGAGGCUUGAAGCUGCUAAAGCUAGAGCUGCUGAGAGAGAAAGAGAGGAAGAGAGAGCGAGAAAUGAAUAUGAAGGGGAUGACAGCCAAUCUGAUCCGCAACCGGUAGAAAUGUAUGUGACUGAUUCGGAUGAUUCUGAGGCUGAUUGAGUUCAAUCCCUAUUUCCCACAUGCUGUUAUCAAAGUUUUGAUAUAAUGGCGGAAUCUUAGAAAUAGCCAGAAUGCGUAGAGCUGUCUGUCCAACAAAACUAUAAUUUGUUAAAUAUAAAUUUCUGGCAUCACUAUCUUUAUGGA